AUGGCCGACAAAAGAGAUCUCGAGGUUGUGAUUGUUGGAGCCGGUGCGACGGGGUUGUUAGUCGCUCAGGGAUUGAAACUGAACGGCAUCAAGGCCACCGUCUACGAGCGCGAGGAAGCGUCGGUCUACCGCACUCGGCCUCGAGAAUGGGGAAUGACCUUGCACUUCGGCCAAGAGAACCUGGCCAAAUGCAUUCCGCCCGAACUCAUGGCUCGUCUGGGUGAAGCAUACUGCGACGAGUUCUACACGGGCACGCACACCUCCUGGCCCAUGUUCAAUGGCGAGACGGGCGAGAAGUUCUUCGACAUGCAGGGGUUCAAUCCUCUGCGUGUGUCUCGCCGCAAGCUUCGCGCUCUGCUGAGCGACGGCAUCGACGUGCGAUAUGGCCGUAAGAUCGUCUCGGUGUCCCAGUCGAACGGGUCGGCCACGGCCACCUUCGCCGACGGCAGCACAGCCACUGGCGACUUGAUCGUUGGGUGUGAAGGCGUCCACUCCUACGUCCGCGAGGCGCUUGUUGGUAAAGAUCGAGCUGUCAACGCUCCCAUCGACAUCCAGAUGUUCAACACCUGCUGGACCCUCCCUGCCGACUCGGCCCUCCUGCAGCGCAAAGCCCACCCCAUAUUCCGCAUCGGUUACCACCCGAUGGGCAUGAGCUGGGUGACGGCGAUCCAAGACGUCAAAGACCCCGACGACCCGGCCACGUGGCUCUUCCAACAGUGUCUCUCCUGGCCGGGCAAGCCACACGCCGAGGACUUCCCGGACCAGCAGUCUAAGAUUGACUUCAUCAAAUCCAAGGCCGAGGCGUACGCCGAGCCCUGGAAGAGCGCCGGUCUGCACGUCCCUGCCGACCUACAGGUACAAGUUGACGCGGUCACGGUGUGGCGCCCAGACAUGGACUGGUCGACCUCUCCGCUGUGGCCACACGUCACGCUAGCCGGGGACGCCGCACAUAACAUGCCCCCGUUCCGCGGCCAGGGGCUGAACAACGCGUUCCAAGACGCCGAGAAGCUCGUGUCGGAACUGCGCGAGGUGACGCAGGGGAGCAAGACGCUGGAGCAGGCGGUGAGGGCCUACGAGGACGAAAUGAAGGCCCGCAGCCUGAAGGAGAUCGAGAUCAGCAUGAUGCAGAGCCGCAUGGUGCACAAUUGGGAGACCCUGAUGGGAGCCCCCAUGAUGAAAGCCGGCAUGAAUGCGUACCGGGAAGAAGUCAAUGGCCAUGUCGAAACGGCCAGCGGCGGAGAGGUCAAUGGCGUGAAGUAG